AUGGAGCUAGUGCGGACAUAUGCGCUGCGCUGGGCGAGCAGCAGAAUGGAGCAGGACGGAAGCCUGUUCCUGUCGCACGUGGACAUAGUCUCCAAGUUGGCCGCCUGCGAUUGUGUGGCCUUGCAGCUGCCGUCCGAGCCAAAGCAGCUUGCCUUGGCCGCGCACAGCACCGGUGCUUUAACGAAGGGCAAAGUGGCUAUAGUUUUCUUCACCGAGCUGCAGCCAUUCCAGGCAGCCGAGAUCGCCAGAAGGUUUUUUGGCGACGACUUCUCCGUUGUGGCAGCACCUGAUGAAGGAGAAGAUUGGCGCUUGCUGCCCGAAGUCCCCCUGUCACCCACCGCGCCGCCUCUCAUCGUGGCUGGCCUGCCUGUGUCCAGAGCCGCCGAAGCCGUGAAGCAGCUCCAGGAUGCUGGGCACACCUUGCUUUACGUUGGCGCAGCUGAAAGUGAGGUGAAAGCUGUUGAAGCAGCGAGCAUUCCCAGCGCUUUCGGGCUGUGUGGGUGCCAGGCCGUACAAUCAGCUGCUGAUGUCGUGCUGCUCAGCGAUUUCGUCGGCAGCCUGGCUUUCGCCAAGUGGCGCUGCAGCAUGGCAGUGACAUCUCCAGAAAAAUACGUUCUCUUCAGCCUCUGCCCACGCUGCAGCCCGAUCGUCUGA